AUGAAGCUGGCAACCACCCUCAUCACCUUGGGCCUUACCCUUGCAGGUGGUGUCGUCUCCGAUCCCAUUCCCGUGAAUCUUGAUCUCGCAGCGUUCCAAGCAAUUUUUAAUAGUAUUGAUUCUAGCUCGAGCGCCUACUCCGCCGCCAUCAAGAGGGGACAAGAAGGAGGCAUUAUUAGUGCCGGUGAUAAUUUAGUCACUGACAUCAACAAAGGCGUUGAGAACGCUAAUGUCAAGGAAAAAUUCUCAGCCUUCGAAGUUCUUGGCCUUAUCAUGCCCUUGGAAUCUCUCACCAAGAAGAUCGAGGCAAUGACCGGCGAGAUUAUCGCUAAGAAGGAUGAAUUUAAGGCC